CUUUACAAAGAAAAAUAACAUACUAAAAAAUUCGAUCAAAACAAACCAAAUUUUCUAUUCAAAUUCACAGAGAAACAUACACAAAUUAUAUAUAUAACUAUCUAAAAAUUGAUGCAAUAAACAUAAAUGUAUGUUAAUUGAAACGAACUAAUAAGAACCUCUGUUUUUUUUUUUUUUUUUUCAGUAAGUAUUAAAAAUGGCGUUGUUUAGGAAAUUGUUUUAUCGGAAACCACCUGAAGGAGUAUUGGAAAUUAGCGAGAGAAUUUACGUAUUUGAUAGAUGCUUCACUACUGAUGUUUGGGAGGAAAAAAAUUACAAAGGUUAUGUUGCUGGUGUAAUCAGCCAACUUAAGGAUCAUUACCCUGACGUGUCAAUUUUGGCUUUCAAUUUUCGGGAAGGUGAGUCACAAAGCCGGAUUGCAAACGAUCUAUCUGAGCAUUAUGUGACCAUAAUGGACUACCCUCGACACUACGAAGGAUGCCCGUUGGUCUCAAUGGAGAUGAUAAACCAUUUCCUUAGAUCCAGUGAAAGUUGGCUUUCCCUUGGGCAGCAAAAUGUGCUCUUAAUGCACUGUGAAUGGGGUGGUUGGCCAGUUUUGGCGUUUAUGUUGGCUGCAUUAUUGAUAUAUAGACGACAUUUCACAGGGGAACAGAAGACCUUAGACAUGAUUUAUAAGCAGGCUCCUCGUGAGCUUUUGUACUUGUUGCAACCACUAAAUCCAAUUCCUUCUCAACUAAGAUAUUUACAGUAUGUAGCAAGGAGGAAUGCGAACAUGCAAUGGCCUCCCAUGGAUAGAGCACUCACUUUGGAUUGCAUCAUUAUUAGGAUGAUACCUAACUUUGAUGGCGAGGGUGGUUGCCGGCCUAUGUUCCGUAUUUAUGGGAAGGGUCCAUUAAUAGUUGCUGAUCAAUCUCCAAAAAAUUUGUUCUCAACACCAAAGAAAAAUAAUGUUGUUCGUCAUUACAAGCAGGCAGAAUGUGAAUUGGUCAAGAUUGAUAUCAAUUGCCAUACACAAGGUGAUGUUGUCUUGGAAUGUAUCAACUUGCACGAUGACCGGGAAGAAAUGAUGUUUCGGACCAUGUUUAACACAUCUUUUAUUAAGUCAAACAUUCUGAUACUUAACCGUGAUGAAAUUGACACACUGUGGGAUGCUAAGGAUCAAUUUCCAAAAGACUUCAGACUGGAGGUUCUUUUUUCGGAGAUGGAUGCUGCUGCUUCUGCAGUCCCUGUUGAUUUGUCUUCUUUUGAGAAGAAGGAUGGCCUUCCAGUGGAGGCAUUUGCUAAAGUUCAGGAAAUCCUUAACAGUGCCGAUUGGCUAAAUCAAAACUGUGAUGCUCCUGGGAAUGUGCUUCAGCUUGUUGAAACCAAAGGAUCUAGUGCUUCUUCUACAUCAUCGCCGGUGUCACCUCAUGAACAUACAACAGUGGAACAUCCUUCACUUCAUGAACAAGAAUGUGGUAAGCUGAAAGAAGUUUCCGCUCUACCUGAAAUCAAGACUGGACCGCUCAAGACGGAUGUUCUCACUUCGCCUUUGUCUUCGCCUCCACCUUUACCUGCAAAUGAUCAAGGUAUUGUCACUGUACCUUCUCCAUCCCAGCCUACAGUAUCUCAACCUGACACAUCUCCGCUUCCUCUUGAGAUUCCUUCAACUCCAUUUGAGAAUGACAAAAUCGCCAAAAUGGAACCUGUUCUGCCAACUUGCCCUUCUGGAAGUUCUUCUCCAUCAGGGCCCAUAUCCAAUAUCAAACAUUUAGAAGAAAAGUUAAUUAAUAAGAGUGGGAUGUUGCCGUCAUCACCACCUCUACCACAUUCAGCCCCUAUAUCGGAGGAGAAUUCUGCUUCUGUGUCCACUCCUCAAACUCCAGCCACUCCUGCACCACCUUUGAAGCAAAAUUUAACUUUCAGCAGUGGGUCAUCACCAUCACCGCCACCACCACCGCCACCUCCUCCAGCACCUACUUCUUCUCCAUGCCUGUUACUUACAACUGCUGUGUUGAGAAAGAAUUGUUCCUCAAUAAGUGGACCACCUCAACCUCCACCGCCACCUCCACCUCCACCUCAACCUACCCCGCCUUUGAAGGAAAAAAUAGAUUCCAAAGGUGGAAUUCUACUGCCUCCGCCUCCGUCUCCGCCACUUCCUGGGCAGCCCGUGAAGGAGAAUUCUUCUUUAACUGGAGGACCCUGUCCGCCUCCACCACCUCCUUUGCCUUCUUCACAGGCUUCUAAGCCUACAGAAUUAUAUUCAGUACCACCAGUACCACCUCCUCCUCCCUUGGUUUCAUCUCUCAAGGAUAAUAACAAUCUCCCAAAGAGUGUUCCUUCCGCUCCUCCUCCUCCUCCGGUUUCUUUUCCUAAGGUGAAUAAUGUGCCUGCUUCUCCAUCUCCACCCCCUCCUAUUGCUCCUCCACCUAACAAAAAUUACCGACGGCUGUUGUCUAGCACUAUGACUUCAAGAAGCAAUUCAACAAAGAAGCUGAAGCCGUUGCAUUGGUUAAAGAUAAGUAGAGCAGUCCAAGGAACCUUUUGGGCUGAAAUUGAAAAAUGUAGCUAUGCCUCCAAGUCAUCAGUGAUUGAUAUGCCAGAACUUGUACAUCUCUUCUCAGUUCAAAAUUUAGACCAAGCCGGUUCAGGAAGGAAUGGGAAUUCGAGGACCAAAUUUGGACAGAAGACUCAGAAAGUGCAGCUGAUUGAUCAUAGACGGGCGUAUAACUGUGAAAUUAUGCUUUCUAAGGUGAAGAUACCGCUGCAUGACAUGCUGACUUCGGUGCUUGCUUUGGAAGAUUCAGCAUUAGAUAUCGAUCAAGUGGAGAACCUGAUUAAGUUUUGCCCAACGAAGGAGGAAAUGGAAGUGCUCAAGGGUUAUAAAGGAGAAAAAGAGAAGUUGGGUAGAUGCGAACAGUUUAUGUUAGAACUGGUACAAGUCCCACGAAUAGAGUCCAAGCUACGGGUUUUCUCAUAUGUGAUUCAGUUUCAAUCCCAGAUUUCUGACCUAAGGAAGAAUCUGAAUAUUGUGAAUUCAGUAACUGAUCAGAUCAGAGGUUCAUCGAAACUGAAAGGGAUCCUACAGACAAUUCUGUAUUUGGGAAAUGCUCUCAACCAGGGAACUGCAAGAGGGUCUGCUGCUGGUUUCAAGUUGGAUAGCCUCCUUAAACUAACUGACACACGUUCAUGGAACAAAAAUAUGACUCUCAUGCAUUAUCUUUGCAAGAUCCUUGCUGACAAAAUGCCUGAACUACUCGAUUUUUCUAAAGAUCUUUCCAGCUUGGAACCCGCAGUGAAGAUUCAACUGAAAUAUUUGGCAGAGGAAAUGCAGGCGAUUAGCAAAGGAAUGGAGAAAGUUGUACAAGAGCUGUCCAUGUCAGAAAAUGAUGGACUUAUGUCUGAGAAUUUCUGUAAGGCUCUGAAGGAGUUUCUGAGCUCUGCCGAAGGCGAAGUCAGUUCCUUGGCCCAACUCUUUUCUGCUGUGGGCAAAAAUGUGGAUUCGUUGAUUAUUUAUUUUGGAGAAGACCCAGCCCGUUGUCCAUUUGAACAAGUUGUCUCGACAUUAAUGAGCUUCCAAAGAAUGUUCAAUCAAGCCUUAGAGGAUAAUCGCAAGCAGCUGGAGUUUGAGAGAAAGAAAGCAGAGAAGGAAGCUAAGGAGAAGCAGAGGACAAGUGCUUCAAAUAAGAAAACUUGAAACUUUGAGCGUUCAGGUAGUGCAAAUCAAUGUAGUUAUAUAUCAGCCCUGGGCUUUGGUUCAACGGUAAAGCUCGUGCAACACGAGAUGUGUGGUAGGCAUAUAUCACAAGUUCGAGUCCUGCUGGGGAGCCAAGUCUAGUAUUUAACUCGAGAAGAUUAGAGGGAUAGGCCCGUCAGCCAACAAGUCCCAGAGCUGGAAAUAGCGGAUUUCUCAGUUAUUGAAAAGAAAAAAUGUAUUCAUAUAUCAUAUCAAUCAGCAUAUUAUCUUGGAAACCGACAUCAUUGAUACGUUUCAAUGGACUGAAGCAAGCUCCUGGAGCUUUUUCACUCAUUUCAGCACUAUAUGGAAGUUGUUCUAUAUCGUAGCGAAGCUUCACCAAGAUUGAAGAUUUGGGGAGUGAGAUAUCAGUCCUUGAUGAUGAAUGGGGAGAUGAUUGACAUUUUUGUUAGUUUGUCGGCAUUGGUCAUCUAACUUUUGAGGUUGAGUUAGGCCCGAAGUUUAUUUCUUAACAGUUCCCAAGCGAAAGUGGUGGAAAUUGCUCUAUCUAGCAUGUUGCAUAUAUAGCUCCCCCUUCGAUCUUGGGAGUGAGAAGUCAGUUGUAAAUGUGAAAUGGGAAAGUGGAGAUUCUUUUGUAUGGAAAAGUUGGCGAUGUAUACUGUACAGUUCUCUAACAGAAUGUCACGGAAGUUGUCUAGUGGGAUAACUUCUGAGCAAGGGUGGAGGCAGUCAUCUACUAUAUAUAUACAUAAAAGAAAAUUUGACUUUAUCUAUACGAUAUAAUUUUUCCAACGAGAGGGGUUCGGAUGCGCCCGUUCCGCUCCUAGCUCCGCGCUUGCUUCAGGUGUGUCAAUCGCAUGUCUUUGUAAAUAUAAUAUGCAGUUUAGAUCAUGUUCCUUUUCUAGCAA